AUGGCGCCAGCUCAAAAGAAAAAUAAGUCUUUAUUUCAUACUUUUAUAUCGGAGGCAGGGUUAAAGUUGGAAAGCCAUGUUGAGGGUGUACACGAAUUAACGGUUGAACCAUCGAUAUUUCGUUUCAAUCUUAUUCAAAAAAUUAAGAGUCAUCCACAAUAUCCUGAUAAAGUAAUCGAUUUGUUUCUUAAUGCAUUGCAAGAAUAUUUGUCUUUAGACGAUGAAAAAUUUAAAGCAUGCCUGCAACCACCCUCUGUGAAUGGAAAAUCAAUAUAUGACUCUACAUCCGAUAGUUUGAUUCGUAUUCUAUUGAGCAUUGAUUUUUUUCAAACAACAUUAAUCGAUCAGUUAUUAGAAAGAUUGCCAACGUUCAUUUCAGAGUCUGAUCACGAUAUUAUUGAAUCACCCAUCCCACAAUUGAUUUUAAAGCAGCUGAAAUGGUUAGAUAACGUCCUUUGUUUUUGUAUUUGCAUAAAGAUGAUCCCAAUUACACCACUAGGCAUCCAAAAGGAAAUAAUCACAAGCCUUCCUGACAUUAUAAUUGAUUCUGAACAAAAGGCUGUCAUUAAGGAAUUGAUAAAGUUGAUUGAUAAUGACUAUCGAUUAAUUGUUCCAAUUCUUGAUGCGCUACCUCAUUUCACGCUUGAAGAUGAUCUAAUGUGUAAUGUUCAGAAAACAGUUUUCGAUCGACUUGAAUCCGCGGACUUGGAUGAUUUGGCAGUUGUCGUAAAGUUCUUAUUGCAAACAUCCUCCCCAGAUGAUGCAUACAAUGUAGUGCAGCAGAUCAGGGAAAAAGUUGAUUUUCAUUCAAUAGGCGAGCUACAAAGUGAAGCAUUGAAUUCGAAGAAACACCAAAAGAGAAAAAAAGAACAAAUUCCGGAAGCUUUGAUACUAGAUUCGAUUAAAUUGGGUAUCGAUAUACAUAAGUUUGUUAAGGAUGCAUGGUUAAAAGAAAUUAGUGAUGUUAAUUUAACGAACGAUCAUAAAAUAAUUGAUAUAUUAAUUUUAUUGAUUUUGCACUCUAUUCCAAGUACAAAGAAAAAAGUCGAAACAAUUUUUCAUAAAAAGAUUAUGAGUGGAUUGUUUACACCAGAUCUUUUAGAAAACACAAUAAAAUAUCACUUUGAAGGUUUACGAGAAUACUUUAGUGAUAUCCUUUUAUUGUCAGAAUGUCUUCUUCGGUCAAGUCAGCAACAAACUACUGUGUCACGUGCUGCAUGUACUUUGUACCGCAGUGCAUUCUUAGUAUUCGAGCCAUAUCAACAGCAAGAGAUUGUAGCGUCGUUAGUGACACAUAUCGGAUGUGGGUCGCCUAUUGAAAUUGAAUCGGCACUUUCAGUAUUAUCACAUUUAGUUAGGAUAGAUAUAAAGAAGAUGAGUCGCUUUGCAAUUUUUGUAAAAGGACUUUUAGACUACUUGGAUAAUCUUAAUAUAGAUCAAAUUAGAAUUCUGUUUGAUGUAAUUAGCAAAUUAGUUUAUGAGGAUGCAAACUAUGAUGGCUCAAAUGGCGGCUUGCUCGCUGAGUUCUCAAUUGUCAUUCAAAAGCAGUUGUCUAAUCCUAACGAGAAAUAUAAACAAAUAGGUGUUAUAGGUGCACUUGCUCUGGUGCAAACACUGGGUUCUACGCAGAAUACAGGAAAUCCUAACCAUGAAAAAAUGAUAAAUACUGCUAUAGAAAGCUUUUCAAAGAUUGAACGUUAUUGUGCGCGAUCAAUGACAUGCCUUGCAUUUGCAUAUGAUGAACUUGCGUGGUUCAUAUCUAAUGGAAUGUUGGAGCGUAGUUUGGUUGAUUGGAUUUAUGAUAAGGUUGAGAACAUGUUUUCAGAUACUUACAUCAUAGAUAACGAUGAUUUAGCCAGUUUAAGAGAAGAUCAUUACUAUUUGAAAGGAAUGCCAAUAGAAAUUUGGUUUGGAGUAGAAAGUGAUGCUGAUGAUUCACUAAAGUUUAAUGUUUACCCUAUGUUGUGCGAGCCUCAUGUUUCGCAAGAAUUACGUAUGCAACAUUUGUUCAAACGAGACCAUAUAAUAUGUUGUUGUUCGAUGUUGAGAUUAGUACAGGCUUGUCUAAAAAUAAAAGGAGGAAGCUUGACAGAAAUUGGUGCUUUAUUAAGCACAGGACUGCUCAUGUACGAAAAAGUUGACAUCGAUCAUAUGAAGUCGGAUGAUUACUCUAAAUUAAUGCGUGAAACGGCUUGCGAUGCGUUAUUUUAUUCAAUCAAUUGGUGUCGAGAACUCGUUAACGACUUUUGGGGCUCUGAUGUUGAUAAUCGAAAAAAUGUCAUUGCAAAAUUACGAAGUGUUAUCGAGCUUGAAAAGCAAUUAAAUGAUUUAUUGGAAAUAACGCCCUCUUUCCAACCCUUUGGAUUCGCAGCUCCUACCCCAGCUAAAAACGCAAAGUCAAAUGCUGUAUCUAUUGUAGUUGGGUCAAUGCCAAAAAAUCAUGUCAAAACUGGAGCAACAGUUCGACGUUCUGGCAUCAGUAAAAGCAAGAUUAUAAGUGCACGUAGGUCUGAAGUAGAAAAAGAUGAUGAACAAAACAAGAGCACCAGUGAUUCCAGUAAUUGUAAUCCUAAAUUUGCUUCAGUUUCUGAUUUAAAGCCAUUAAUGCGUGAGUUGACUUUGUCAGUGUUUGGCAUGCUUAAAUAUGGAAAUAUUAAAAAGCCUACGAAUGAUAGUGAAUCUACUAAGAUGGCUGAUGAUGCAGAUGAAGCUCAAUUGAGUCCUGCGGAGAUAGUUUACCUUCUUGAAGAUCUUAAACGCAAGCUUGAUUUCAAACUCUCACCACCAGCAUCGAAUGUUCCUUUUUUUGCAAAGAAAUCGAAAAAGGCAGAACUUGGAAACAAUUCGGAUGGAUUUGCCUUGAUUACUCGUCAGGCAUCUCUAGACAUUGUUAAGCAAGUUUCUCUUGACUAUGUUCCGCAUUUAUUGCGGCAACUAUAUUUAACAUGUGAAGAACUGAAUCCUACAGAUGAUGAAUUAAUUGAUGAUGAUGUAGAAGACGUAUUGCAGCGUUGCCUACAAUUAAUACUUGAAAUUAUUCAUAGAUUGCUUUGUUGGACUGAUUUGAAGAGCUUGGAUAAUAAAGAAACGUUAGUUAUGGUAUUAAAACAACUAUGUCCAAAGGCAUUGUCUUCAGCCCCUAGGCUUACAUUGCUCCAAUCUGAAAUUCUCCAGCAAUCGGCCAAUGAUGCAUUCCAAUAUUUGCAUAACUUUGCAUCCCGACUUCCAACUGCAAAUUUAGCAAUACUGUUACAUAAGAUCCUUAAAACAAUUGCUGAAUUCGCUCCGAACUCGAGUGAACUUUUUACCAAGUCUGGAGAAGUUGCGCGAAAUUUUGUAUCACGUACAUGGGACGAUAUUAAUAAAUUGGAUUCUGAAUCCAUUAUUUAUCUAGUGCGAAAUGAUAUUAGACAUUCGUCAAACCCAAUAGAUAGAAUAAAGUUUUAUGCGAUUGAUAUCCUUCCUUCCCUAGAUUCACGGAACGAUAACAUUACGGAGUCAUAUCCAUUGCUUAAUAGGAAUACAUUCCCGCAUUUUUACAAAGCAUUAUUUAUAGAGCUCGUUGAAGUACUUCAAGAAUUCAGAUCAGGGAAUUUUAACACUGUAGACGAAACUUUGGAACAUAUUUCUAGUACAGUUGAAUGUUUGCAGAAGUUAGUUUCAUUUAUAAGGAUUAAUCAUAAGCGUAAUGUUUUAUCAGUAACAUUAAAAUAUGGGCGUAGCUCUAUUGAUACUUUUAUUAAGCAAAUGUUACCACUUAUGGAUAAACAUUUCAAUUCAUAUCGUGAUGAGGCACUUUGCAAUCAUGUAAAAGUUAAUAAAGAAUCUCAGUUAUCAGCAAUGGUACCACUUGUAAAAAAGUCAUUAGAGAUUGUGAUUUUCCAAGUUAAAGCUUUAAUUCAGAAUAACGGACUGCCAUUAUCAACUUUCUUUUUGGGUGAGCUUAAACAUCGUGACAUUGAUGGACGUGAAGUUGAAUCUGAUGAUCAAAGGGAUGAUAGAUCGCAAAGAGAUGAUUCUACUCGUAGCAGUAGACGUCAUCAUCCGCUUCAACAGUACAAAAACGAGAAGCCGCAAUGCAUUACUUCUUCAAUAACUAAAGGAGCUAAAUCUAACUCUGAACCAGGUCCAAAUAUUGAUGCCAUGAGGUCUACAAUAAUAACUGAUAUGUCUGGAAAUCAAAAAGAAUAUCUGAACGCCAAAGGAUAUAUUACUUUUCUUAGUAUCUUUAAAAAACAACAUCAAACAAUGAUCAAUGCUCUCAUAAACAACGCUAAUAUUGCUGUAGCAAAUACGAGUGUUUAUUCUGUCACUUUAAAACCACAAUUACCUCCUUCUAAUGAUCCACAUGAUUUUUUGUCAUUAUCAAGAUAUUUUUGGCCUGAUCCAAGUAAACCCGAUGGUUUACCUUACAUUCGUAAAGAUGGAUUUCAUAAUCCUGAAUUUUUUACUAUUCCAGAUUACAUUUUAUUAAGAAAGGUGUUUAGAGAAAUUCGAGAUAUGGGAUUUGCUUAUUUCUUUUCAAGAAAUGAAACUUAUGUACAAAAAUCUAUGCAUCGUAUAAAAGAAUGGUUUUUGGAUGAAAAUACUAAAAUGAAUCCAAAUCUUAAUUAUGCUGGACUUAGAAAGGGUGAACUUAUAGGCGCACAUACAGGUGUUUUAGAUUUUCAUCAAGUUUUUAGAAUGUUCCAAGCUAUCAACUUCUUGCGACAUUCACCUUUAUGGAAUCAAACAAUUGAUGUUGGAUUAAGAGAAUGGAUGUCAGAAUAUUAUGUUUGGUUUACCACUUCAAAGCUAGGAAGAAAAGAAAGCAAAUCGCUAAAUAACCAUGGGACAUUUUACGAUGUACAGGCCAUAUUUUUAUUGGAUUUUCUUGGUCGCCAUGAUGAGGCAAAAGAAUACACACAAACUAGUCUUAAAAAUAGAAUAAAUGAAGGUAUUCUGCCAAGUGGUGAACAACCUCAUGAAACAGGUCGAGCUGCAAGUUGGUUUUAUUCAAUUUUUAAUUUACAAGGUCUGUUCAUGCUGGCAGAAAGAUGUGACUAUUUUGGAUGUAAGAUUAACGGACAGAGUGGAUGGAAUUAUGAAGGUCCGAAAAAGCAAAGUAUUCAGCGGGCUGUGGAUUUCUUAUUACCAUUUGCUCUGAGUGGCGGUGAGGGUUGGCCAAGGCAAAAUAUCAAAGGAUUUGAGAUUAAUGAUUAUGUAAAAUUAUUAGAAUUAUCAUAUAUAAUCUACGAUGAAGAAAAAUAUCUUGAGGCUAUUGAAGAACUAAGACCUGUGUCGAAAGCUGAACAGGCAGCAGGACUUAAACUUGUAAAAUGGGAAGAUAACUAUCUUUGUAAUUUAGCACUUAUGACAAAUAAAAUGUUAUGGGCUUGUUUGCUAUAA